AUGGGCGAGUCUACUCCAGAGCAACAGCAACAACAACAGCCAUCUCAGGUGCCAGCGCAAGCGCCAGCUCAGGGCCAAUCGCAGCAACAGCAUCACGCGGUGGAAGAGAACACAACGGGAUCGCCUCAAAAGAACAGUGGUGGUGCUGGUUUCAGCAAGUCGCCAAGAAAUCCCAAGUACGACAGCAGAAGGAACUCCAGACCAUACAACCAGAGAGGUGGCAACAGCAAUAACGGGUCCUCUAGCACCGGUAAACACUUUCAAAAGUACAACCAGCCUGCUUACGGUGUUCACGCUGGUUACGUUCCAAACUAUGGUGUCGCCGAUUAUAACCCACUGUACUACAACCAGUACCAACAACAGCAACAGAUGUACGCCGCUGCUUAUCAGACUCCUGUAAGCCAGAACUACGUUGCGCCAUUGGUCACUCCAGCCACCGUUUCGGGCAAGCCAGCUAAGGUGGAAAUCACAAACAAGUCCGGUGAACACAUCGAUAUUUCGUCGAUCGCACAUUCGCACCCUCACUCUAACGCAAGAAGCAUUCCAGUAGUGUCUCCUGCUGCCAGCGGGUCCGCAUCUAACUCUGCAUCUGCUUCCCCAGCCGUGAAACUGCAGAGCCCCGCCGUCGUUCCAGCCGCAGCCAGUUCCGCCUCCGCCUCUGCUUCUCCUGCUCCUAUUCCAAACGGGAAGGAGCAAUCUCCAGCUAAGACUGAAGAGCCAAAGAAGGACACAUUGAUCGUGAAUGAUUUCUUGGAGCAAGUCAAGAGACGUAAGGCUGCGUUGGCUGCAAAGAAGGCUUCCGGUGGGAAGAGCACUCCUCAACCUGAAGCCGUCGCCGCUGCUAAGGAAGAGGACGCUAAGGUAGAGUCUCAAGAGAAGGAAGAAACUGCCCCAGCCGAAUCAACCGAAACAGCUGCUGCAGUUGAAAAAGAAGCCACUCCAGAAGUUUCUAAAGAAGCCACUCCAACCCCAGCACCAGAGCCAAAGCCAUUGACAUUGGCAGAAAAGUUGAAGCUUAAGAGAAUGAAGGCUGCUGAACAAGCACAGGCUGAGGAGCCAAAGAAGGAAGAGCCAAAGACCGAAGAAGCCAAGGUUGAAGAGCCAAAGACCGAAGAAGCCAAGGUUGAAGAGCCAAAGGCGGAAGAACCAAAGGCUGAAGAACCAAAGGCGGAAGAAGCCAAGGUUGAAGAGCCAAAGGUUGAAGAAGCUAAGGCUGAGGAAGCUAAGGCUGAAGAAGCUAAGGUUGAAGAAGCUAAGGCUGAAGAAGCUAAGGCUGAAGAACCAAAGGCUGAAGAACCAAAGGCUGAAGAACCAAAGGUUGAAGAAGCUGCUGCUGAAGAAGUCAAGGCUGAAGAAGAACCAAAGGCUGAAGAAACUACUACUGCUGAAGAAGAACCAAAGGCUGAAGAAGCUACCGCUGAAGAAGCUACUUCUGAAGAACCAAAGGCUGAGGAAGAAACACCAGCUCCCGUCCAAGAUAAUGAUAAUGAUAAAAUCACCAUGACAGAAUUCUUGAAGAAAUUACACGAAGUCUCGCCAGUUGAUGACAUUUACUCUUUCCAAUACCCAAGUGACAUCACUCCUCCAAAUGAUAGAUAUAAAAAGGCUAAAGUCAAGUACACUUACGGACCCGACUUCUUGUAUCAAUUCAAGGAUAAAGUGAACGUUAAGUACGAUCCUGAAUGGAUGGCAGAAAUGAGCAGUAAAAUUGUCAUUCCUCCAAGACAGCAAGGAUCUGUUGGAAGAGGCGGCGACGAUAGAUUCAGUAAGGGCAAGGUUGGUUCUCUAAGAGGUGAAGGGAGAUCAAACUCCAGAUCAAACUCAAAGAGAAAGUCUAAGAAGGAUGAUAGAAGAUCUAACAGAUCGUACACUUCCAGAAAAGACCGUGAAAGAAUCAGAGAAGAAGAACCAGAAGAGCCAAAGGUGGAAAUUGAAGUUGCGCCACUUGUUCCAAGUGCUAACAGAUGGGUUCCUAAAUCUAAGAUGAAGAAGGCAGAAGUUAAAUUGGCUCCUGACGGAACAGAAAUUUAUGAUGCCGAAGACGUAUCUAGAAAGAUGAAGUCAUUAUUAAACAAGUUGACAUUGGAAAUGUUCGAACCAAUUUCUGACGAUAUCAUGAAGAUUGCUAACCAAUCUAAGUGGCAAGAAAAGGGUGAAACAUUGAAGAUUGUCAUUGAACAAAUUUUCUACAAGGCAUGUGAUGAACCUUACUGGUCUUCAAUGUAUGCCCAAUUAUGUGGUAAAGUGGUGAAGGAUUUGGACGAUAGCAUCAAAGAUUCGGAAACUCCUGACAAGACUGGUUCUCACUUGGUUCUACACUACUUGGUGCAAAGAUGUCAAGAAGAGUUCCAAAAGGGAUGGACUGAUAAGCUUCCUACUAAUGAAGAUGGUUCUCCUUUGAAGCCAGAAUUAAUGUCAGAUGAGUACUAUAAAAUGGCUGCUGCCAAGAGAAGAGGUCUUGGUUUGGUUCGUUUCAUCGGUUUCUUGUACCGUUCUAACUUAUUGACAUCUAGAAUGGUGUUCUUCUGUUUCAAGAGACUAAUGAAGGAUAUUCAAAACUCUCCUACCGAAGAUACCUUGGAAUCUGUGUGUGAAUUGUUGGAAACUAUUGGUGAACAAUUUGAAAACGCCCGUAUCCAAGUUACUGCGGACGCUGUCAUUGAAGGUUCAAGCUUAUUGGACACUCUAUUCGAACAAAUUAAGGAUGUCAUUAAGACCGGUGAAAUAUCUAGUAGAAUUAAGUUCAAGUUGCUAGAUAUUGUCGAACUAAGAGAAAAGAAGAACUGGAACAGUUCAAAGAAGAACGAUGGACCAAAGACUAUCGCACAAAUUCAUGAAGAAGAAGCAUUGAAAAGAGCCAUGGAAGAAAGAGAAAGAGAAAACAACCGUCACGGAUCGAAGGGUGGUUCCAGACGUAUGAAUAGUGAAAGAAACUCUUCUAGAAGAGAUUUCGCUCCUCAACAUAGUCAUAAUUCGAAUAGAGAUGGUUUCCAAACCACAAGAUCAUCUUCCAUGAGAUACAAUGAACCAAAGAAAGAAGAACAAGCUCAAACACCAUCGAAGUCACCUGGUGUCGCCAAUAUGUUUGAUGCAUUAAUGGACGCGGAAGACGAUUAA